AUGUUGGAUGCAAUGAGUGCCAAAUCUGCUCGGGUGGCGGAGGGCAGUUCAGUAGGAGGCAAGAAAAAUAGAGGGACUGUAAUCACUGUAGCUUAUGUGGGGACGUUUGGGUUUGCUGCAGGGGGGGGGGGGGCGGAUACUGAAUUUUUCGAAUUGAUCGGCGCAUCACAGUGUACCACAUACAUGUAGCAGGUGUCAUAAAAAAUAGAAGCAAACAUAACAAUAAAUUAUCAUAGUUCUAAAUAAUUAUUGAAGUUAGAAUUUCCUUAAAGAAUUAUUUAUGUAUAAGCAAUGUCUAGUGCUGGACUAAAUUUUAUGCUGACAUAACAGAAAAAAAAACCACAGAGCAAUAAACUUAACUCCAGGGCCGGGUUGUUCAAAGAAGGGUUAAGUUAACCCAGGGUUAGUGCGAAAUUGAUUUCAGAUGUGAAAGCUUGAGAAGCAAAAUCAGUUUUAUUCUUUCUGCCAACAAUUUGAUGAUUGGAUGCUCUAAAAAGAAGAAAAGAAAUUACCCUGGAAAAUACUUUAGAACAAAAGAAAAAGAAACCCGGGUUAAAAUUUAACCCUGGGUUAGCGCUAAUCGGCCUUCGAACAACUGGGCCCAGGGCCCAACAGCUAAUCCCAGCCAGCCAUCACACCACACAAAAUAGUGACAACAUUAUUAUCUAUAUUCAUGUAUGUUGGCAUGACCCUGAAGUAGUCAUGCUUCCUGUCACAUUAAGAUGCUAAGAUAUUUUGUGACAAACAAGUUGUGAUCAGGUUGUUUCCUUUUAAAUCAAAUAAACAGAAAACUAAAUUAAUGUAGUGAGUUAAUACAGAUAAGAUGUGUUCAAGUCUUGUGACCAGCAUGUGCUGUUCAUUUUAUGUUGUUCCUCUGUCUUUAUGAUGGGCUGAAUUAUUGUGCAGAAAGAUUUUUUGUGAAAGUGUGUUGUUCAAGGUAUUGGGUUUUUCUAGCUCAGAUCUUGUUUACAAGGUUUGUUUUGAACUUUUGCAUCAAUGACAUUUUUCUGGCUGUUUCCAGCAUCUGUGAGGUUCCAAAUUAAUUGUAGGCUGAGGUAUUAUUUUACUGUCAUGUAUAUAACUACUGUGAAAGAUCUUGUAACAGCUUAAGGCAAAUAUUGGGAAAUAUAAUUUGCAGAAUUUAUGGGACACGUCACAUUUAUGUGGCAUAAAGGUCUGGUAUACACUACAUCCAUGUAUUUAGGCAAGUUUGCUUGACUACAUGUAGAUCCAUAUCGGACUCUUUCUUUCAUCCUCUAGGAAACAUUAGAUCUUGAGAUUUAGAGGCUCUGCAUGAUGCUUCCAGCUUUAACAUGUUUUUAAUCUGGUCAUAUUAUGGAUUUUUUAUGGUAUGUGUGAUAUACAUGGAGUAAUUUUUGAUGGAAUGUGCAAUGUCACACAGUAAUAAAUGAUAACAGAAUCCUUUAUUAAUAAUCCUGAAGGCCUGUUUUGUAAUAUUGUUUCUUGCUAUUUCUAUUUCAGGCUAUCUGUUCCUAGUUACUGAGUGGCUAUAAAAGUGAAGUAUCCAAAGUAAAAAUGUUACGAGUUCACGCUUCACGUUUCAAGAGAAUCCUUCAACAGCAGUUCACUUCAAGCAGUGGAAUAUGGUCAGCAUGUAGAUACAUCCAUGCUGGGCAGAAAUACUGCGCAAGUGAAAAGCCGGAGCCUCAAAGGAGCGAGAUAAAAAAACUUCUUGUAGCAAAUCGUGGUGAAAUUGCUAUCAGGGUUUUCCGAGCUGCUGCAGAAGCAGGAAUUGAGACUGUUGCUAUUUAUUCUGAACAAGAUGCCAAUCUUAUGCACAGACAGAAGGCUGAUGAAGCUUAUCUUAUAGGCAAAGGAAUGCCUCCUGUAGCAGCUUAUUUGAAUAUUCCGGAGAUCAUCAAAAUAGCUAAGGUUGGUGCCAUUAGUUAAUUAUUUUUUAUAUACUGUAAACUUCCGAUUAUAAGCCUUGGGCUUAUACAACUUCGUAAGGGGUUUUAGAGGGCUUAUAAAUGAAGGGGCUUAUAUUUGGGGGGGGGGGGGGUGGGGGGGGAAGGGGGGGGGUGCUUAUAACCGGACUAAAAAAAGUGUGUCAAAACAAGCACUCUCUCUUUUUUUCUUGGUCCAUCAACCAAAAUGUAAAUGUGCGAGACACACAAAUGACCAUGCGCAUGACUGAAGAUGCGAGACAGGAGAGGCAUGAAAAGAGAGAGACUACCCGCAAAGCCAGGGAGAAUGGUCUUUCACGGUCUAGUGAUUUUUUGGGUAUGAAAACUGAAGUGUUGUCAUAGGCCAAGAAGUUGCUUGAACAACAGAGGUUUCCCUUCAUUUCUUUUUAACAUGUAGCUUAUGCAGUGCAUAAUGUCGAUUCUAAACCAAUUGACUGAGCAAAUCAUAAUUUUGGCCACUAGUCUCACAUUUAGAGGCCAUGAAGCUGGUCAGCAGAUUUCCUGUGGCUUAUGUCUUGAAUGAGAUCAUGCAAGGCCUAGCUCUUUUCUUGUUUGUGGGAUGUUGAAUUCUCACCAGAUAGUGUUCUAAGUUUCCUAAUCGUAGCUCAACUAAAGCUAAGCCAGCUGUAGAGAAUUGUCCUGCAAAUCAUUCAAGACCAUUCUUUGGGAGCCUAUUUGCUAAAUUUGAUUUUUGUUUUUUCUUCUUCUUGAGAUUCAAAGUAACUGAAUCUUUGUUCUAUAGCGUGAUGUCCUCUAGUGCAUCCGUUGGUAAUUACUUUUGUUUUAGCUUUUUAAAAUAAACAGUCCAACAGUGAUUUUGUUACAAUUAGUUAUGGUGAGUCCUGGGACUCAUCUAUAUACAGGGCUCAAAGUUAGCGACUAACUGGUCGCAUAUGCGACUGGAUUUUUGGUUGUGCGCCUAAAAAUUCAUGUGUAAUCGCACCUGUGCACCAUAAAACUCAAAGCACAGUGUGACUGACUGACUUCCGACUAUACUUACGAACUCGAACUAGAAAGACAGCGCAUGUUUAAUUGGUCUUUUCUCUCAAUGGAUUCUACGAACUCGAAUGUUCUUUUUCAUUUCGAUGUUUUACUCUAUCCCAGACUCUUCUGUUUUGUAAUAAACACCGCUGACACAUGCAAAUAUAUGCUUGAUCAUGUCGAACGUUCAGUUUUAACGUCAAUCAAAACAAAAACAGUGCGGAUUAAGAGCCUUUUUUUCCAGGUAAGAAAGUUUUUUAUUUCGUAUUCCAGUUACAUGUAAGUCAUUGCGCAAAAAUUCAUUAAAGAUUAAUUUUCAUUCUUGUUCGACACACUCAUUGUUGUCAGUUUUGAAUUGUUUUUCAAGUGUAAGUUUUCUUUAGUCACAACUGUACUGUCAAAAAGAGAAAUUAGUAUUAAAAAUCACAACGGUAUUACUGCAUAGCAAAUCGGCUGUGUUUUAUCAAUCACAGGACUGAAGUAAAAGAACAAACUGAAAAUGACAAACAAGACUUUACUUUUUCUUUUGUUCGAAAUAGAUGCUCCCAACAUAAGCUGUGCUCCUAAAAUUUUCAGCUGUGUGCUUAAAAUUUCGGCAGUGUGCCUAAAAAUUUACAUCUGGUAGCACAAGUGCUCCCAAACUCAAAUUUAAACUUUGAGCCUUGAUAUAUUGAAAAUUCAUGAGUCCUUGUCCAUAGCCAAUGAGUCCCGCAGUUAAAAAAAAAAAAAAUCACUGGUCUAAGAGUCUUGUAGUCUAUAUGCAACUUUCUGUUCUUUCUAAGCAAGACCGCAUGCAGUUUUGGAACCAAAGUGUUCCUCAUCAGUGAAGAGAGGCUUUGAGCAUUUAAAUUGCGAUCAUGUCACAUACCUGGAGAGAUGAGACCUUCUAAUGCUUCUCUUUGCUCUGUAUCUAAUGUUUCUAUUUUGUGGAAAAUGUGACACACAUUCCUGCAGUGCUUCAGCCAUCAUUAACUCGUGAAUGGUUUCGAUUGUUGACAGUUUGUUGUCAACACUUCAUGCAUCAGCCAAUUGUAUUUUGCGUUGUGAGGCCAACGCAUACAUUUCAUUUGCCACGGCUGCCACCCUCUCUUCUGGCAUCUCGCAGCUUCGCCGCUUGACGCUUACAUGUGCAUGCACUCCCCUCACAAAAUUUGAAGAAAUAUAGGUACCUUUAACUUGCAAGAGCUAUUUUGAAUGCUUCAGUGUAACCAUAUCAACAAUCGACUGUUGUUGGUUCUCUCCUGUGCUCCGAGAGGUUUUUCUCUGGGCACUCCGGUUUUCUUGCCUGCAAUAGAUUGCACAAUAUCAUGUUCGAAUCCUGCAGGGUCGCAAGGACAUAUGUCAGCAUUUUUAAUUUGCUAGUGAUUAGGUUUGUGAUUAGUCCGAUUUGAAUUACAACCUGUAAGUGUUGACAGGCCAAACACGACUAAUAGCUCGUGACAAGAGAUGGAUUGACCUUGUGAUAGUGUGAAACGUGACCUUAGAGUCAGCUUGAACAAUAGAGGUUUUUCUUGCUCUCUUUUUGCGUAGUUGCAUAUUGAGUAAUUAGUUACUGUGGUUUAUGUUUUCACAAAUGUUUUCUAACAGGAUUUGAUCACAGAUGCAGUUUCUUUUACCUCUGUUUAAGCUUAAGCUUUUUUAUUGCGGCUAAAUAACCUGGUUUCUUUGUUUUCUUUUAAAUGCCUGGACCUGAAUAGCUACAUGUGUGUAGUGUUUUUUUGGCCAUCAAUAUCAUGAUUUCCUAAUUUGUUUUGACGCUAGAACUGCCCUCUCAUUGUUUACUGUAAACGAUCCUUGUCAACUCCCUUCAGUCAACUGUCACGCACACGCAAGAAUUAGGCCAAUCGUGAAGUGCAUAAGAAACCCGUAAGAAACCCGCCUAUCAGAAAUGCUCACGUAUGUUCUUGCAACUCUGCUGGAUAUUAGAACAAGCUUUUGUGCACUAAUUCACAGACGGAUUAUAUUAAUGGUUUAGACGAGUGCGUGGGCCAGCUGCAACGCAGGCUACGGUUUUCCCCUCUCCUCAAAAACCAACAUUUCCAAAUUCCAAUUCGAUCUGGAAUCAGGUAGACGAAGAACCACUUUGUGGAUGUGCUACCUCCAAAUCAGUAUUUAUUUAUUUAGUAGACUGUACUACAGUUUGUUGACAAAAGCUCCCAUACUCGGUCUUAAUUGAGGGCUUCUGAUAUUUCGCGGAAAAAAAAGCAAAAUUUCGCGGGAUUUUCAGGGGCAAAUUCGCGGAAAAAUCGGCCAAUUUCACGGAAUUUUUGUGGGAAAAAAGUCAAAAUUCGUGGAAAAUUGGCUGAUUUUGCGAGAUUUUCGCGGGAGAAAAGUCAAAAAUUCGCAGAAAAGUAGGCCGAUUUCUCGGGAUUUUAGCGGAAAAAAAUCAAAUUUCAGAGGAUUUUCAGGGGCAAAUUCUUAGAAAAAUCGGCCGAUUUCAUGGGAAAUUUCGGGGGAAACUUCGCCAAGAAACAAUCAGUAAGAAACAGCCCAUUUGGCUGGAUUUUUUUUGGCAAAUUUCGCUAAAAUCGAUCAAUUUUGCGUCAAUAUGACCAGCGAUGUUUAACGUUUUUUUAACAGGGAUAAUCAUUUGCUCUUUCAACAACAGUUUACUCGAGAAAUGAGCGAAUGCUAAAGCUAUUAACAUUAUGGUUAGUGCCCAGUUUUUCGCAACGUUCAUCUAAAAACGUGUGGUAGUUUUGGGACGUUGUUUACUCAUUGCAGUGACGAAGUUUCAAGAUAAAUUUGGACGUUUGGGGUGAAUAAAACAGGUGUAAUAGCCAAGAUAAGUAUUAAAUAUGUUUUGCCGACAUGUAUUUGGAAAUAUUUCUGGCGGAUUUCGCGGGAUUUCGCGGAAAUACCUGAAUUUCGUGGGUCCGCGACCGUGCGAAAUAUCAGAAGCCCUGUCUUAUAGGGUGUUUGCUAAUUGUUUUGAUCCUUCCCCAUACAUGCAUGCCCUUCCAGAAUUUAUUCCAGUUUUUUAGGCUUAGACUUGCCUUUUAAAAAAUUCAGACUUUAAAUAAAAGUUUAAACCAUCCUCUCCCUUGAAUUUCUAAUGACCUUAAUUUUAUGAGUUGGGCGUUUGAUAUUGCAGAAAUAUUUUAUGUAUUUACCUCAGUAGUCAGUCAAUAGAUUUAAAGAAUCAGUUAGACACCCAUGAUUGUUAUUGUUUUAUUUUCAAUUAGAUAUAGAUAAAAUCGUACUGAUAUUUAUAUUUCAAAAACUGAUUGUAGAAACUGUAACUUGGUUGUCAUGUUUUUUGUCCUUUUUGGGGGGGACUGGAGUUUACUGCGCUUUUCACAAACAUGCAAACUCUAAAGUUCAAAAGCUGCCUUCACAAUUGCGUUUUGCACUGCGGUCAAUCAUAAUUACGAUCACAAGCAACAAAUCUUGAAACACAGAAACACACAAAACGGAUUGAAAUCCACCAAUCACAAAUCACAAACCAUGACCUAUUGAACCUGUUAAAGUAAAGUUUUGUUUCCUAAGAGGUCUGUUAAGAUGAUUGACGGCAGCGAAAACCGUAAUCGUCUUUUGGCUUUUGAACUUCAGAAUUCGUAUGUUUGUGAAAAGCGCAGUAAUUUUAAAGUUAACCAUAAUUUUUGUAGCCUUAACAGAUUCAGGGAAAAUUCACUAAAUUAACCCCAAGAUCCUUUCUGAGGUGUUUCUGAUGUAUAAUAACUCAGUUCGGGUCUUAAAACCAUUUGUUAAUUCAACUGCCAAAUGUAAUGAUCUCAACCCAGUUUUCAUCUCCUGGCUUUGGAGAAUUACAUACUGUAAUAAAUGUUUAAGGAUUUUAAUUAUCAAUCUGAUUGUUAAUAUAUUCCAUACUCAAUAUCAAAGGAUACAAAUGCAGAUGCCAUUCAUCCAGGAUAUGGAUUUCUAUCAGAAAGAGCUAAUUUUGCAGAAGCUUGUGUAAAGAAUGGUAUUGUUUUCAUUGGACCUUCUCCCUCAAUUGUCAAACUUAUGGGUGACAAAGUAGAAGCACGGAAAGUAGCCAUUAAUGCUGGUGUGCCUGUGGUACCAGGCACAGAGACACCAAUAAAAAGUGCUGAAGAAGCUAAGGCAUUCUGUGAGGAGCAUGGGCUACCUGUGAUUACAAAAGCGGCAUAUGGAGGUGGUGGGCGUGGUAUGAGAGUUAUUAACAGGUUGGAAGAAGUGGAGGAGUACUUUAAUUUGGCCAGCAAUGAAGCAUUUGCAGCUUUCGGGGAUGGUUCCAUGUUUAUUGAAAGAUUUGUUCGUGAGUACAUGUACAUGUGUAUAUGAGUCUUGUCACUGGCCGUGUGUGUGAAAGCCAAAAAUAAAAAGAACAACUAAAUGGCUUUGCAACAGAAGCAUAUAACCCACUUCUUUCUGCUUUGCAACUCAUACAUGAUUAUGUAUUUUUAAGUUGGCAAUUUUGAUUUGUCAACUGAAGUGUGUACCAGUUUUCAUUGUUUUAGUCUGCUUUCAUGUAGUUGAAAGGGUACAGCUGUACCUGGAAUAAGGUCUCAAGUGACUUCUAAACGAGCAACUGGAUUCUCCCUUCACUUUGCAAUCUUUGUGAGUCAAAGAGGGAUUCAUGUGUCACUUUGUAGGACCUUAUUCGAAACACCUUUUAAUUUAGCUGUUGUUUCAUCAGAAGAGGGCAGAAUUACAAAAUACUGCAGGAACUCAUCUUACCCUUAUUUGUUAAACAAUAGAAGCAAAUGAGUGACCAAAUUUUUUUUAAUGCCAUGAACAUUUUUGUUAUAUUAUUGUAAUUUUUCCAGCAAAACCAAGGCACAUAGAGGUCCAAGUGAUGGGUGAUGCUUAUGGAGAUGUGGUCCAUCUUUAUGAACGGGAUUGUUCAGUACAGCGUCGUCACCAGAAAAUAAUCGAAAUCGCCCCAGCUCCAUUCCUGGACCCUGAAAUCAGGGACAAGAUGACAAGUGAUGCAAUCAAACUGUGUAAAGCUGUAGGAUAUGAGAAUGCAGGAACAGUAGAGUUUUUGCUUGAUCCAGAGGGGCAUCAUUAUUUUAUGGAGGUGAACGCAAGGCUGCAAGUGGAACACACUGUGACAGAAGAAAUAACUGGGUAGGUUGGAGGGAGGGAGGGAGGGAUGGAGGGAGGAGAAAAGGGAGGGGUGCUAAGAGUUAAGGCUGUUUUCUAGCAUUAUGCGGGGCGGAUCCAGGAAUUUUUGGUUGGGGGGGGGGUCCCCCUGUUAAACUUGUGGCAAAUUACUUCUCACAGAGAUGACCAUGUGUUUCUCAAUCCGUGAACACCAGUCACCGCUGGCACGGGAAGUACUGCUUUGCAAGCAGAGGCAGAGGCGAACAGGUCAUAGGAGGGUACCCAAAAAGAAUUACAUUUUUGAAUAUCCCUGGAAUUUAGUUUAGUGGCAAAAUGCAAUGCGUGUUUCAUUUAAAUAACUCAGUGAGUUAAAAAGUGAUAUGCGAUCCUGUCGAUGUAAGAAUUCCAGUCUCAAACAAGCGUCAGUUCGGAAGGGGGGUUCUAGACCCCCAGGACCCCUCCCCUAGAUCUGCCACUGCUAUGGCACUUGGUUCCUUAUCUUUGCUCUCAAUUAACUUUUGCAUAAAAAGAUUAAAUAAUUGGCACCCUGGAUUUCACAGGUUCAGAGCAUUAAGCUGAUCCCUGCAAGAACAGCAUAGCUUCAGUUAACAGAGAGCUUUUAUCAAAUAUAAAAUAUGAGUGCUAUAAUUUUAUGUCAUGGCACUUUAUCUCACAGUGUUGACUUGGUAAGAGCACAAAUCGGUGUGGCUGAAGGGAAAAGUCUGGAGGAGAUUGGACUUCGUCAAGAUGACGUUCAAGUCAAUGGAGCUGCAAUUCAGGCUCGUAUCACAACAGAAGACCCAGCAAGGGACUUCACACCAGACACUGGUCGCAUUGAGGUACCAGCUUGAUUUACUGUGCACAGAUCUGUUGAGCACCAACUGUUUCUUUGUUUAAGAAUGGAAACAGUACAAUUUAAGUUAUUAAAGACUACAGGUGAACCACUCCCUAUAUGGCAAAUUAUGGUCUUUGCCUAUUGAAAGUUUUUGUUUAUAGGAUCUCGACCAGGAACAGCUUAGACUAUUUUGACUGGGGCCCUCAUGAAAGCAAUGCUCUUCUUGUCAUUCCUGUUUAUGUACAGUUCCAGAAAAUAUGUAUACCCCCCUUCCAAUGCAGGGCACUUUUGCAUUAGAAUCCCUACCCUCCCUGGAAUUUCCAGUCCAGGGGUUGCUUGUCGUACCCCCUAUCCCCUCUGGCGACUCUCCCUCGUUCCUCUGCAUUAUUGGAGCUGUGGCUCCCCCACCUCUAGGGUAGCGUAGCGUCAUUUGCAUAACGUAUCCCAGGGCAAAUGGCCUCGAAGACCCAGGUAGGAUCCAGUUAUUUGUCACAGCCCUCUUUUUUUAAUACAGUGGAACCCCGCCUUAUGACCACCCUGUUUAAAUUACAACACCAUAAUUAUUCUUUCGACACAAACGAAAAGUCACUGAGUCAUUUUAUUAUUCUAUGAACCCCGUUAAUGCGACCACCUCGGUUUUUGACCAGGAUUUUAUGGCCCAACGGUGGUCGAAUUAACGGGGUUCUACUGUAUCGUAUUUUCUAGCGUGCUAGCAAGCUCUCCAUGUAUGGAGAGCAGAACGAACCGUAAGCGAACGCACCAUCUCGCAUGACUCCUCGCCAGCUCGCAUGACUCCUCGCGACUCUUCCAAAUGGAGAGCUUGUUCGCAGGCAGCGUAUUGAUUGAUUGAAUGAUUGAUUUUCAUUCGAUGAACGUGAGCACUGACGCGAGCAUGGGGGUGGGGGGAGGGUAGCAAGCGAGAGGUAGUGCCAGUUGACUUCAAAAUUUCCAAUUGUAACCAUUUGAAUAUUUCAUUCUCUGCAAGGUUUUCCGCACAGGUGAAGGAAUGGGGAUCCGUCUUGAUGGAAACUCUAUGUUCCCAGGCGCCGUCAUCUCUCCUCACUAUGAUUCACUGUUGACCAAAGUCAUAAGUCAUGGGUCAAACCACAGAGAUGCAGCAACCAAGUUACUUCGAGCAUUACGUGAAUUCCGUGUCCGAGGUGUCAAGGUAAUCAGUACAUACAUAUGUGUUUGGGUGUCGGUAGAGCGCGGGGUCGGGGUCUACCUUGUUUUUAAAGAAUGCUGUUUUAGCGUUAGAGUUAAGGUUAGGGUUAGGGUUAGUGUCAACCCUAACCCUAACCUAAAACAGCAUUCUUUAAAAAAAAAAGAUAGACCCCUACCCCGGCCCCGACCCCGACCCCGACCCCGGCCCCGACCCCGACCCCGACCCCGACCCCGGCCCUGACCCCGACCCCGACCCCGGCCCCGACCCCGACCCCGACCCCGGCCCCGACCCUGUCCCCGGCCCCGACCCUGUCCCCGGCCCCGGCCCCGGCCCCGCGUUUUACUGACACCCUAUGUGUUUAAUAGUCGGUAAUUAAAAAAAAAUUUGAUUAAAGGAAACAGACAGAAGCAAACAAAAAAUAGAAAACACACAAACAAAAGACGACUUCAAGAUUUCCAGCAAGGGCUAGCCUAUCCCGCCUGUUUUAUUACGAAAUUUAACUUAAUAGGCAGGUUUUAACCCAGUUUAUGACCGUUUAUAGUGUAUGCUCUGGAUGGAAUAAGUGAUGGCAGUUAUAAUACUUAGUUUAAUUAUAUUUUGAGCAGGGGCACCAAAGCUCAGUACUUUUGACCAGAAGAUUCAAUUAUCUUGCGUGUUUUGCAUGCAUUGCAUUCGAUAACCGCAGCGGGAUUAGCUCAGUCGGUAGAGCGCUUGACUGCAGAGCGGGAGGUGGUGGGUUCGAUUCCCGGGACCGGACCAAAACUCGAGGUCUUAAAAUAACUGAGAAAUGAAGGUAUUGCCUUUGCCGAGCAAAUGGCUAGACCUUGCUUCCCGUAGCUCGGAUGUCAUCACCACGUAAAGUGGCGGUCCCGUCUCCGGUAGGGUAGGUAACGAUAGUCCUACCUUACGCUAAGUAAAUUGACAAUCAAAUAAGGUGCGUUUUUUUUAACCUGCCGCUUGAGAAACUUGUCUCCUUUCGCUUCAGCCGUUCGAGUUGUUUUUUUCCGUCGACCGUCAUUUGGUUUGGCUAAGCCACGCAUUAGAGGAAUUUUCGUAUGACCUUGAAAAAUGAUUUCGUUAAGUGUUCGUUACUUUUUUUAUCAGCCAGUGGAUGAAAAAUCAAAACGUGGCCUCUUCGUUUUCUCGCCAAAGAAAACCCUAAUAUGGAGAAGGCAUUGUUCGAUUGGCCAAUCGUGUUGCAGUAUGAUGUCAAAGCAAAGUAUCGGUUGAUUUCUAGAAAGUUCUCGGGCAUGAAGUUUUUUUCACCCGAGUGUUCGUUUAACCAACCAAAAGUCACGCGCGUUUGUAUCCGUUCGAUAAAUCAAUCAAAUCGCUUUAUUUCCGUUAGUUUGUUGUUUCUGUUUUGUUUGCGCGUUUUCAUUUCAAGGUCAUACGAAGUAUGACAGUCAGUGUCAUUUAAAACAACUUGCUUAAGCCUAAAAUGUCAUUUGCUUUGGUUUGCAGACUAAUAUCCCUUUCGUAAUAAAUGUGCUCAACGAGGAAGAGUUUCUCGGAAGUGCUGUGACCACAGAUUUUAUUAUGAACAAACCAGAACUUCUCAAGGUAGAGCGAGGACAGAACCGCGCCCAGAAACUACUCCAAUACAUUGGAAAUGUGAUGGUGAAUGGACCCUGUACCCCUCUGGCAACAGGUCUCAAGCCAUCAAAAGACGCGCCAGUAGCCCCAGAGGUGAGCACCGCAUUUCCUUAGCCCUUGUCCUACAAGUUUCUGUUUAUAUGACACCGCAGUUACUUGCAUUCCAGAAUGAGUUUCGUUCCAGAGUGAAGUUCGUAUUGCAUUCCCAUGAUAAAAUCAAAUGGCUCAGCCUAAGGCGUUCUCGUUUGUACGCAUGCGCCACUUGCCCUGGACUACACGAUUUGCUAUUUUCAAUCCGGAACAAAGUUCGUGUUCAGUUUACAUGAUACCAGGAUAAAAAUUUCGUACCAGAACAAGCGUUUUAUUCGGAAUAAAAACCGGGAUGAACUCAUUGUGGAAUGACUUGUACUGGAACGAAAUGUCGUCUCGGUAUCACGUAAAGAAACACAGAGAAAUAUUUAAAGAUGGAAUGAACUCGUUCCAGAAUGAAAGUCGUUCUGGUAUCAUGGGAAUAACCCCUAAGUAGACUGAAAAAACAUGGGACAUCUCGCGACGAAAACAACAGUUACCCUGCGAAAUGACAUCUGACGAAACGAGCUCAUAAAUUCAAUACUGAUGACGUGUCACUUCCUUGAUCUGGGUGGUGCUUCUUAUUGGCUGUGCCGCAAGGAAGAUUAAUUGCUUCAACCAAUCAGAAGCACUACCUAGACCUGGGUAGCGACACGUCAUCAGUAUGGAAUUUCUGUGCUCGCUCCUCAGACGUCAUUUCGCGCGGAAACCAGUGGUGACGUCGCGAAAUGUUGGCUGUUUUCUCAGAUUAGCGUGUAAGUAGCCCCUUUCUAAUAAGCUCCAAUGAUGCCUUUUUCUCCUAGUUGGGCGUACUUGUAUUGGCUACUUCGAAGUUGGGUUCGAAUCUACUGAUGUCUUUGUUGUGUUGUUAAUAAGAAAUCAACUAACAACUAUCGUACUGGGAGCCAGUUAGCUCGAGAGUCUCACGAAAUGUCGAUAUUAGACAAAGAAAUUUCAUCUCUUUUUGUUUCACGUAAGGUUCCAAAAGCAUCUGGAAAUUCGGACUUUUACAUGCGACCUAGUGGCUUGCGAGAUGUGCUACUUCAGCAGGGACCAGAAGGCUUUGCUAGCUGUGUGCGUAAGAGCAAUAGACUUCUGCUGACUGACACAACAUUCAGAGAUGCUCAUCAAUCACUUCUGGCCACCAGAGUGAGAACUCAUGACAUGCUCAAAGUGGCUCCAUUUGUGUCACAUUAUCUAGCCAACGCUUACAGCUUGGAAUGUUGGGGAGGUGAGUCCAUUGACUACUCUUGUGGCAUGGUUCGCAGACUCGAAAAGUCCAUUUUUCCUUCAAAAGUCCUUAAAUUUCCGUGCAAGUCCUUGAAAAGUCUUUGAACUUUCUUAAACUUUGAAUGUAGUGGUUUGGAAAGUGUUCUUAAUGCUUUUUGGUUGUCCAAAACAGAAUAUAAAUCAUUGCUCAGAGAAGUUAAAGGUGAUUUACAUAAAGCGUUUUGUUGUUCUACGAAAAAAUUAACGGUCAAUUCCAGACAAGUAAACAUAGAGACAGAAAAUGUAGAGAGGUUGGUGGAGCAAACAGUUCAAGCCGUUACAGUCCUGUGAGAAUGGACUUGGAGUGUGCAUUUUUCUAAAAUCUGUGAAAUAUAUUCCUGGCAGGUGGUCCUUAAAAAUCAAAUGCGGUCCUUGAAAGUCCUUAAAAAUUGUUGCAUUUAUUUGCUUGAAUCCUGUGAAGGGGCUGUGUCAUAAUGACACAGAGUUCUACAUUUUUUGGUCAAAGCUUAUCUGAAUUUAUAAACAAGUAUUCUCAGUCAUCUUUUCUCCUACUUGGACUUCUACAAGAAAGAUAUUAAGUGAUUCUAGGAAAAGAAAGCAUGGUCAGGUUUUGGACAUUUUUCGACAAGGAAGGCCGAGUUUAACUUGAAAAAGUUGGCCCAAUUUUCUCAAGUUGCAAUCUGUUUCCAUCCUGGCUAUCGAAAGUCAAAGAAUUACACUUACGGUUAAAGUAAAAAUUUAAAAGAAAAAUGUAACAGUUAUUUUAGGGUUUUCUUUGAUUCCAAUGUGUUUUUAGGACUUUAAAGCAAUACCAAAAAUUGUGACCAAGCACCUUUAAUCGCAUCCGAGUGUAACGCCAGUUGUAAGGUUAUUUUAUCUCUUUGCAGCUUUAUGCUUUAACUUCACGAGAGAUUAGGCAUGCAUCGUCUUGCACGCACUUGCAGAUAUUUUGCGGUGUGCAGUGGUGUAGUGUCCGCCUUUUCUGUACCCUCUGUUGCCAAGAAUCCUUCUUAGUUCACAUGACGUUUACAAGAUGAAACGUUAAUAAUUUCUUUUCAAACUUGAUCUUGAAUAUUACCAACAUUUCCCAUUCUACUUCCUCCUUUUCCAGGGGCAACAUUUGAUGUAGCGCUGCGCUUUCUGUAUGAGUGUCCGUGGGAACGCCUUGCUCAACUGCGUGAAGCCGUCCCAAACAUUCCAUUCCAAAUGUUGCUGAGAGGCGCCAAUGCAGUAGGUUACACCAGUUACCCAGACAAUGUAGUGUUCAAAUUCUGUGAGAAGGCACAUGAGAUGGGCAUGGAUAUUUUCAGAGUGUUCGACUCCCUGAAUUACCUUCCAAACUUACAGGUAAAGUAGAAGUGAAUGGCAUUUGUUUGUUUUCCACCAGCUGAUGAAAAUCUGGAUCCGCCCUUAUUUAUGGGUGGCGACCAAUACAUUACCAUAUUUAUUCGAUUAAACGGCGCAGAUGGAAGCAAACACUAAUAAACACCGACUUCGAAUAAAGGAUUCACCCAGUCAGAAGAAUGCGGCGUUUAUUCGAGGACUAUGAAAAAAAACCUCAAUACAACCGACGGUUCUCUGCUCCCUUCUCCCUCGCGCGUCCCAAUUUUCUUCCCCUUCCCUUUCGAACUCCUGCCACGGUUCAGUUUAACUGAACUUGGCUUCGAUAGGUAGUUGUUUAUAGGCUAAUGUUGGGCCAAACGUCGCUAGAACGUGUCAUGGGAAUGAACUACCACCCCCUUCCUCUCUCGAGGGUUGAAAGCUCCUGCCGAGGCAAGAAAGGUCGAUUCGACAGCUAAAACGCAGGGGAAUCACACCCGUUUUAAACCCUGAACUCCAUCCCUGUUUCGACGGAAUGAAUCGUCACUCUUACCUAGUCCUGUAGUGUUACCAUUCAAAUAAAACCUCUUUGGCUGAGCUUUUGCAUGGUGCAAUUUAUUUCUUAAGAUUUUGCAAAAAAUGAUUCUGUAAUUUUUGUGAAUUUUUUAAAUUGCCCACCGGUAGGUUUGAAAGGGGUAUUGCUGUUGCUUUUGCAAGCCUGGCUUACUGCGGUUUUUCUGUGUUAUUCCAUUCCAUUUUUGUGAAUUUUUUAUUUUGCCAGCAGUAGGUUUAAAAGGGGUAUUGCUGUUGCUUUUGCAUGGCGGGCUUACUGUGAUUUUUCUGUGUUAUUCUAUUAGUUGGGUAUUGAAGCAGCCGGUCAGUCAGGAGGAGUAGUGGAAGCAGCCAUAUCUUACACUGGCGAUGUGUGCAAUCCAAAGAACUCGAAAUACAACAUUGAUUAUUACAUGAACUUGGCCACAGAACUAGCGAAAUCUGGCAUCCACGUACUUUGCAUAAAGGUAACUUCAAGUGUGUGCUAAUUUAAACAUCACAUAAUUAUAAGCCUGUCAAAUUUGUGAUCAGCGGAACAGGUGUGCCAAAGAAAUUUAGACUUGAAAAACGUCUAAAAAAUAUCAUUAUUUUUGUUCAAAGCGCGAUUUUUUUCGAAAAAUUUCUUGUAGUAAUGUGUUCUUUCAGUUAACUAGGAUGUUCAUUAGGCAUCGGAGAUCGGAGAAUUCCCCGUUUACUAAGCAGAAUUCUCCGGCUAACGUUUGGUAGGCUCUGGCUAUUAUUUUAUUCAGACGUGGAGCCUCUUUCAAAAUAUUCUUCUGUAACAUUACACCUUUCUCCUGCUACUGGAAUUCUUAAUGAAAACCCUGGUUAACAUAAUAAAAAUUUUACGUUAUGCGCACUUUAAAACGAAAUGUAAUUUGGCCGAAUUGACCACUUUCCUUCAUUGAGACGUUAAUGCACCUUUUUUCCCCAAAAAAAUUUUGCAUAACCAUUUUCUUCGAUUUCUCUUGGGAUGACUGUAACACCCGGGAGGAAUUUGAAAACCUUUUUUUUGAGGGGGGGAGGGGGGUAAACAAGUUGCAUUACGGUCUCAGUGAAAAUGGUGAAUUGACUUAUUCCUAUCCGUUUUUCAUUGGUUCAAACCAGAAUCACUGCCAGCUUUUCUGCUUGUCUUAUUUGGUGGUUUGCUUUUGCUUCGUAAUAGGACAUGGCUGGUGUUUUGAAGCCCAAUGGCGCUUCGCUGUUGGUCGGCUCCCUUCGAGCCCAGUUUCCCAAGCUGCCUAUCCACAUACACACCCAUGAUACCGCGGGAGCAGGCGUAGCCUCCAUGCUGGCCGCGGCGGAGGCUGGGGCCGACGUGGUGGACGUUGCUGUGGACUCUCUUUCUGGAAUGACGUCACAGCCAAGCAUGGGCGCGGUUGUUGCUGCUCUGCAAAACUCGGAUAAAGAGACAGGUUUGACGUUGGUGCUUGCUAAAAUAAACAAAGUGAAAUGUUUGUCAUAAUAUUAUAGGUGACGAAUUACUCCUUAAUUUUGGCGCGAAAUUUCAGCGUUAAUGUGCACUUUCACAUAUGAAAUUACAAAAUUGCCAUGGCAACCUUCCGUACGUCUCAGUACAUUAAGGUGAUGUUACACGAGACGAUUCACAACGACGACUUUUAGCGCAACACAACUUUGCAACAUUGUUUCGAAUGGUUACAACAGUGUUCCAACAUUGCAGCGCUGUGUUGCGCUAGAAGUCGUCGUUGCGAAUCGUCUUCUGUAACAUCACCUUUAAAAGACGCUUUAGAAAACCUAAACACAUGAAAGAGCACAUCAAGAAGGAUUCUAACAGUGUCGAAAAAUUCUGAAAAUUGCAAACUUAAGCCAAAUUUAAGCUCUAAACGUUUGAGAGAUUGGAGUUCUCUAUCGAUACGAUCCAGGGUAAACAUGUAAAAAAUCCUCGAUUUGUAACGUAAUUUGUCACCCAUGAUAUUAAUAGGUAAUCAAAUGUUAUACUUUUCUUAGCGUUUUCACAUGACGUCAAGUCCGUCAUGUUAGUGUCUUAAAACAAUAAAACGGCGAUCAUAAUUAUUAGUGUACCAAGUCAAUUCUCUUGGGCGGUUGCGUUAUUUUCUUUUGUUCUAGUAAAUUUGCAUACAUGCUGGGCACCUGAGUGAAAACGCCCCAUCUUAAAGUUUCAUUGCUUUUGAUUUGUAUGUACGUCCAGCUUCAGAACGUACUCGCAUUAAUAUCCCAUCAUGCCGAUCGCACUCAAGGACUCUUUUUUAUUUCCUUAUAAGGAAUUCCACUAGAGCGUGUUCAUGAAUACAGUGAGUACUGGGAGCGAGCUCGGCCGCUUUACGCGCCAUUCGAGAGCACAGUGACAAUGAAAACCGGAAAUGCUGACGUCUACGAUAACGAGAUUCCGGGAGGACAGUAUACAAACUUACACUUCCAGGCCUACUCCCUGGGGCUUGCAGAUCAGUUCUCUGAUGUCAAGAAGAAAUACACUAUGGCUAACAAUCUACUUGGCGACAUUGUCAAGGUAAGGGUGCAGUAUCCUGCACCAGUUUCUUACAGGGUCUGAAACAACAAAAUCUACCAACUGUGACAUCUUCUCCAUUGAAAGUACCGUAUUUACUUGAACAAGCGCCGCGGCGCUUUUUAACUUUUUCUCCCAAAUGCGGUGCUUAUUCGAGGGCGGCGCUUACUCGAGUAAUACGGUAUUUUCAUUCGAGCAUCAACAUGUCAUUGAGGUGCGUCCAUUGGUUGUUUGUGACCAGAAUGGAUACCCCGAAAUCAGGUAGCCAUCUUCAGUUAAAAUACCGUGAAAAGAGUUAAAUAAAAAUGUAGUAGAUAAAAGAAGGUAGAAAACAGAAGGAAAAAACACGCAUCAUUUGACUAAUCCACAUCCGUGUCUACAAUACUAUCAAGGGCUAGCUGCCGACACUAGCUAUUUUUAACGUACCUUAUAUAGCAUUGCUCAUAAUCAUUUCAUUAUUUGAAAGCUAACCAUUGUAAAAUAGUGCUUAGCCCUUAUAACUGUGUUUCAGUUUCAAACUCGAUACUCAACAAUACAAUUUACACUUUUCCCGAUAAAUGUGCCCAGUAAAUAUUUCUGUGACUACCACAAGUAUUGCAUUGUGUGAUCAUGAAUUGCCUGUAAAGUAAAGUUGCCUGUAAUGUUGCAUUAAAAAAACUGUUCAUCAGGACGUGUCUAACCUGAUUUUGGGGUAUCCACUCUAGUCACUAAAUCAUUAGUUGUGCGUCUCUUUCUUUUGCCAUUAGCUUAAAAAUCUCGUGAGCUUUCUUAGCCAUUCAACAGUGACUUGUUGUCACGUUUUUUCCUACGCUUGCCUUGACAGUUGCCACCUGCGUUUGCUUCGAGGUGUAAUUGGCUUAUUACGUCUCGCUGAACAUUUUCAUUGGGCAAAGAAGUGAUUUUUGAAAUUGUUUUUACAACACCUUUUUGAAAGCGGACGAAUUGUCACCUACUAUCCACUUGUGUUUUGUCAGGUAACACCAACAUCCAAAGUUGUGGGGGACCUUGCUCAGUUCAUGGUACAGAACAAGCUGGAUGAACGUGACGUGCUCGCGAAGGCCGAAGAGCUGGACUUCCCCUCAUCAGUAGUGGAAUUCAUGCAGGGUUACCUUGGACAACCUCAUGGAGGAUUCCCUGAACCACUCAGAACCAAAGUAAGUUAACUCGCCAACCCCUUCCCCCUCCCUCUAUUCACGACGCUCUAGGUGGACAUUUUCAACUCUUUUGAGGGCCAAGACAAGAUAGUAUAUAUUUGGAGUCUUAUGCCCGGCUGGUACAUCGACUUUUUCCCAAACAUUUGAAAUAACAACAUGUUACUCACAGGACGAUAGGUUUUCGAUUUAUAGAGAUAAUUUAGCUAAGAUAUACAGUAUUAGUGGUCUAUUAUCAAUUCUGCAUUCUGAUUGGUUGAGCUACUACUAGGCUAAAUGUUAUAGCCUACUAGUUAGCAAAAAGCGCCGGCUUUGAAAACCAAAACAAUGGCGGCUGAACCGCGUCUUGUUAGCCAAAGUUGUCUUGUCUCGAUAUUUUUGACCAACUAGUCGGAUUUUACUAAAACAAUUAUUCCUCUCGCCCUCAUGGCCUCUGAGUCAAUAGUCCAUUCGGCCUUCGGCCUCAUGGGCUAUUGACUUAGAGCUCAUUCGGGCUCGAGGAAUAAUUGUUAAUUAUUUGCUUUUUGUCUUCCAUCCCUUUUCUUAUUUUAAAGCAAACGAACACACGCCUUGCAAUCAGUUUUUGGGUCUCAGCCUUUCGGCUCUGAAGGAACAUAUUAGAAACAUGAAUAUUACGUUUGGUGACAAAUGGAAACUUGAUAGUUGUCCAUCUGAACCGAAAGAGGAAAAGAGACUAUUUUUGGUACUAUUUUACAAGAUGUCUAAGAUUUAGUGCUGUUGAAUAGUUUAAUAAACAUACCGCAAGAAAAUAGUUUCAUUUGAAUUAUCAUUCUGUAGGACUUUAUUCACUGGUGAAAAAGUUAAGAUCACCCUGCAGCCCCACAAGAAAUUGAAUAUCUCUGCGCACAUUUAUAUGUUAGGUUUUUGCUCUAGACUGCCCUAGUCCUUUCUUCCUAGCGCUUCUAAGCACUGUUUGAACCUCCUUUUUAAUAUCUUUCUUGAAAAAGGCGUAGGCCAGAGGAUUUGCAGCAGCGUUCAACACCAAAAGUAACAGAACUGCGUCUACCAAAAUUGUUGGACAGUUUUUACAAAAAGAGAAAUAAUUUUCGACGCUGUAACAAAGUACAAAUGUCAACACGACUACUCCGACAACUUUCGUCGAAGAAGCUUCGGGGCUUCGUCUGACGCGGCUCGGACGUUUUUCGGAGGCGCAGUUAUUGAAUCGUAAAUCAGCGAGGAGGCUCGAGAUUUCUUUCUUAUGUCUCCGUACUAUUAUUAGCAUGUGGAUAGUGGCCAUGGUUACCAAUACCGUGGGCAGGAUUUGAAACAAGCAUUUCAUAGCAAUGUUCACUACAACCACGCUAGUCGAACCAUCGCGAUAGUGAACUAAAACUGUGUAUGUUAUCCACGCAACUGCGGGAAAAACCCACGCGGUUGCGAUCAUUCGAAUUCUGCGCUGUGGAGUCAUGAACGCUAUGUACCUCAGCGGCAGCGCAACGGCGAUGUAUCUAUCGGCGGUCAUGGCGCAUAAGUUCGCCGUAGAAGCGUGUACAAAAAAACCAAGGUGAGCUAGGAUGACACGCCUGUGAUAAGCUGUGCAGUACGUCGGCCAUCUUUUACACGUGAACAGGGCUGGAAAUAAGAAUAACCCUACACAGAAGUCGGCGGUUGCAAGCGAGACAAUAAAAAAGUUCGCUGUUGUGCGGAGACGUCGUUUUGUUGUGACAAGCCAGAUCACUAGGGCAUUACCAGUCACAGCUAAAACUGUUAAGAACCAGCCUAUAAUCCAAAACCAUACGUACAUUUGACUGUACUCUAGAGCGCUUACAAUUUAAAAGCUGAAUAUGAAUAUAAUUUAACGAAGAAACAAAAGCCGCGCUGCUGAACGGCUUCCACUUAAGUGGCCAUGAUUAGCGUCACUGUAUCCACAAUCUAAAACGUGAGAUCGGUAAUGCACGAACCUCCAGUGCUUCACAAGUAUUUAAAAUUAUUCGUGGAGAAAUCAGCUUUUAGAGAUCUUUUGUCACUUCCCUUGCUUGCGUGGAGUUAACGACUUUCGGACAAUAUGAUGGGACGAUUGGAUAGUUUCAAAAAAACACUGGCACUAUAUCGCCCAAAAGAUAGUCCAGUUGAGGUCAACGGGGAGGGGGUUGCGUCCAACGGCGGACAUUCAACGACUGAAACUGAAGGACUUUCGAAUUUGAAACUGUAUCUUUUUCACUGCACAAUGCCAGUAAGCUCCUUUUCUUUGGUGUUAAUCCACUCUGAAGAACUGUAUUUCGAUUGCAGUUGCGCUUGUCUUAAAAUUGAUUGAAAUAAAGUGCUAAUCGAGUUUUUCUUUUGCCCGUAAAAGUCCUGGUAGUUUUUUACUACGCGAUGAUCACGACUUCUAAUACAACCAGCUGUCUUUUCAACACCAGACAGUUAAUUGUUAUUUUUUUUUUGCAAUCACUUUCCAGCGCUCAGUUUGUUGAUACAAAGGCGAAAUAGGAUGUUCACAGUUCGUUGUCAGCUGUGUUUAAUUGAUUUUAAGCUGUCACAUCCCCCGUUAAAAAUUCUCUUUUAACAGGCCCAAAAAGGCAAACAAAGAGUUCAAAACAACAUUGUUCUUUUAAUGCAUAUAAAGUACUGCAUUAUCGGUGUUGAUGUUUGUUUUAGCUAAGGAGAGAGAACUGAAUGCGGAGAUACGAACAGAUAAGAAUAGAUUUUAAAAUGAGUUCCCAACUGGACAAGACAAGAAAACUGACAUAAAAAAAUGAAAUAUGUUCGAUCAUUAUUUAAAAUACGAAAAUAACUAUGAAUUUUAUUCAUUAAUAUCUUUUGACUCUUGUGACGGCCCUGCUAAUUUUUUAAUUGUUUGCCACAAAUCGAACAGAUAAUAAUCACGGUUUCAAGUUUUACUAUUCUUUAAUGAUUUGUAAGAGUGCUGUCCAAAAAAAUAGAAUCUUUGCUAUUCACAAAAGUUAUAAUAUUAGUUAUAAUAACCUCAUGCUGUAUAAUCACAUCUCAAGCUAAUGUCAACUUGGAGUUAAGAAAGAAUACAGGCGUUACUUCAUUUUCUGGUUUGUGACCACGGCAACGCAAGCAGGUAGCGAAACACACCUCUGAUUGGUUUGACAAAAAAAUCCCCUGAUUGGUUGGGGGAGCAGUGUAUGUAUUUUCUUCAUAGAAGCAAAGAGAGGUCAGCUACGUAUAUAUCGGGCGUUUCUUGGGGGAAAGGAGAAGAGAGAAGCGAAAAGGGGAGACAGCGGGGGUGCACCCGUUACAACAACAACAACAACUUUAUUUAUUGUCGCAUGAAUUUGAGGAGGAGAAGGUUCUACCCGCAAGUAGCAAUAGCUAUUCUAGGCAGGUAGUUACACUGUAAAACAAGAUAUAGAGUACCAAAUACAAAGAUUUUACAAAAAGUUGCACUUACAUAUUUGGCGCGAAAUACAAGAAGUCGCAACUAAUAAAGAACUAAAGUUUCAAGGUUAUUGCAAUAUGUUCAAUGUUAGAUGUUUUUCAUUAUAUCAAUAAUUGAAGUUGUCGGAGAGGUUUGAGUUUUCAGAUUUCAGGAUAUUAGUAAGCAUUUCAUGUACUUAUUUUCUGAAUAAUUUUUUUCUCUCCUAUUCUUUAACAUUCUCACCGGGGUAAAACUUUCCAUGUACGUACACCAAAUCUGGAAAACGAGUAUUUUAGGCGAACGUUUUUUAGGGGUUAAGUUACGCGAAACGAAAAGGCCACGGUGAAUAACGAGGAGUGGGUAUUAUAGGCAAAACUCGACUUUGAAUGCAGUCGCGAUGAUUACGUCUUGUAAUUUUAUUAUCUUUAUCAAGAAGCAAAGAUAGCACAGCGGGAAGACUGUUUUUUUUUCUCAGCCAUUUUUUUAACCAUCCUCGAGAAUUUUUGUGCCAAGUAGGCCAACAUACUUCUUGAUCUUGUGAAUUUUUCAAAUUUUUCUAUUUGAAGUUUAUUAAUUUUUAAAAACACAUUUCUGCUAACAGACUUUGUGCACUUAAAUUGAAUAGUUUUUCUGGCCAAGUUUUGAGAAACGCACUCUUGCUCUGAGAAAUUUUCGUCCAAGUGGGUACUACAUUGGAUCCGGAAUAGGAGACAAAGAACCACUAGGUCGUAGAUGUACUACUGCUGCUCUAGAUCUUAUUUGUUAACCUGCGUCGCAGACAGUCGAAAUCCCCGAUAUACAGUCGAAGCUCCCCUUGCGACCACUCUUGUAAGCGACCAGCUCUAGUUACGACCACCUUUGUGAAACCCUGUUUGAACUGUGACUCAAACUUUGUAAUGAAAAGCGCUCGUAAGCGACUGCGACCACUUGUUGGAUUACCCAACUGGAAUUUUCCUUUGUUUUAAGGCUCUUGUAAGCGACCGCUCCCGUAAGCGACCGGGACCACUUAUUGGAUAACCCAACUGGACUUUUCCUUUGUUUUAAAGCCCUGGUAGGCGACCACUCAGAGUCUUGGAACAAAUUAACACUUCAAUGAAACUGCACACUACGCUUAUGAUUCAAAUAUUUUGAUUUGGGGUUAUUUCGAUCUAAAAAAUUGGACGUAAAUUUUAGCCGUGUCUAUAUCAGGUAAAAAAAACACUCAUUAAAUAUUAAUUUCUUUUGUUUUGGUUUUUCUUUAUGAAUUAUUAAUGACUUCCUGAAGCUCUCGUAACCGACCACCCUCUAUUGUUUUACUGUCAUGUGCGGUUGUUUGCGUAGGCUACCAGCUCUAGUUACGGCCACUUUCUCGAAUUUCUGAGGUGGUCGCUUACGAGAGCGUCGACUGUAUAUUCGCACCUCGAGUGACAAGUCCGGCUGCAACGCAAGGUGUUUUUGGUUUAAGUAUUCAUUUAUUUCUAUAUGUAUUGUUUACGGUACCUAAGGUGGCUAAGGGCCUAUUAUCGUAUUUUUUGACACCGUUGCUAAGGAAACGUCUUCAAGCUACAACUCGACAUAACCACGGCCAUAUGUGACAAAUUUCGGACAGGGAUCUCUAACUGGCCGGCUGCUUCUGACUGUGACGUCGUCAAAGGCUACGACGUCAUCAGGCUACCCCCGUUUUACUGAGAAAAGUACAUUUUGGCUCAAAAUACGUAGUACUAUCAUGAUCCACAUUUGCAUGCGAAAAAUUUUAAAUCACAGAAGUUUCGAUUAAGUAAAGCCUUCAGAAAUAAGAAUGGAGAGUGUUAAUUUGUUUAUUCAUUUAUUAACGUGUUAUUUAUGUUACCUUAACAUUUCUUUCACAGAUGUUGAAAGGUCGCCCCACCAUUGACGGGAGACCGGGUGAAUCAUUAGAACCACUAGACUUUGAUGGACUAAAGAAAAAGCUGCAAGAUGAGUAUGGUACGAUAUGCUUUUUGACCUUGCUUCUAGCAAUUUUCCAGUCUCCACCUGACCUGAAGGACAAGAAAUUGUGUAAAAAUAUUUCUUCCUUCGGUGUGGAAUUGUAAUUUGAAACUUACCAUUUGCAUCUGAGGGAUCAUUUCUCUCCGCCUUUCCUUUCCGCUUGUGAAAGUAAGGAGAUUAAUCCUUUCAUUUCCAGAGAGAGGCUGCAGUCAAAUUUCAACCAAAAAUUCCAAAUUUCAUUUUGUGAAAUGCUAAAAUACAAAUUGUACCAAUUGAAAGUACUGCCAAAGAGGUCUCGUUUGAAUGGUUACACUGCAGGAUUUCCUCCACAGACUCAAAAGUUGACUCCAUCACUUGGUCUGGGAAGGAAAGGGUCAAGUGGUCAAGUGGCCUGCAAGAAAAAGCUUCAAAACCUUACUCUUUGAUUUUCAAAGCAUUUCUAAGAGAGGAUAACACUCUUGCUCCCACAAGUCUGCUGAAGCUUUAGUGGUAGAGCAUCUGGACUAGUAACAGGAGGUCAUAGGUUCACUUAUGUCCAGAAAUGCGUUUGAUAUUUUGUUAACAAUAAUUUAAAAAUAAUUUGGCGAUUGUUCGCCAUAUUCGCCAUUUUCAUCAAUUUUUCAAUUUUUCGCCGAAAUCACCACUGUCAAAAGGGCCCCGUUGUCAUCUCAUUUGAAUUUUUGUCAAGACAUUGGCGAUUAUUCGCCAUUUUCCCCAAAUUUCACUUGGCUAAAAUCGCCACACUUAAAGAGGACCCAUAGCCACCAUGUAGGAAAAUUCGCCAAACUUUAGCGAGAGUUCGCCAUUUUCGUGAGCCCCUUUGCUUCGUCACAACAUAUUCGUCAAAGUUUGGCGAAUUUUCGUCAUUAUCGCCAAUGCUUGCAUUUCUGGACAUAUCUCCAUAGGUUCGACUCCUGUUGGGAAUACUCUUACUUUUUUCUUUCGAUCAGCCUGUGUCAUUUACUGGAAAAUCAUCUUUGUCACCAUUGCUUUUGUUUAUCAGGUGAGAAUGCCAUCCAGGAUCAGGACGUUCUCAGUGCCGCACUGUACCCCAAAGUCUUCAAAGAUUACAUGUUGUUCAAGGAGGAGUUUGGUCCCGUUCACGGCCUUCCCACCAGGCUGUUCUUUACUGGCCCGGACAUCGGCGAGGAAUUCCAAGUGGAGCUACAACCUGGAAAGGUUUUGAACAUCAAGGUGCUUGCCAUCAGCGACUUGCAUCCUAAUGGACAGAGAGAGGUGUUUUGUGAGAUGAACGGGCAACUCAGGACAGUCAUGGUGGAGGACAAAUCAGUCACUAAGGUAUUAACCAGGGUACUUACCAUUUUAAGAAAGACCUCUUAGAUUGAAAAUCUAAAGUAAAUACCGUAAAUCCUCAUUUAUGGCACCGGAGGGCUUAUUUAUUUCAAGCACAUUUAAGGGAGGGGUGGAGGGGGGGGUUAAUUAAUUUACCGAAAUGGGGCACCAUACAGCUUUAUCAAACAACCAUAAAAUGGUACCAUAAAAUGGUAUCCAUAAAGAACUUCGACCGACGCAAAGUGGAAAUAAUCAAGCACAUGUCGUUAGAGGUCUUGUAGCCAAAGAUCAAACUUCCAGCACAUGAAUUAACCAUACCGGAUCAGUCCGUCCAUCUUUUAUUAAUUUGGUGGUGAUGAAUACGGAGGGAGGGGAGAGGGCUUAAUAAUUUUUUCCCCUGAAAAGAGGGGGUGGUGGGGGGGGGGGCUCAUUAGAGAGGGAGGACUUAUAAUAGGGGAUUUAUGGUAAUCGAUGUUUCGAUUUACAUUUAAGCAGUCUCAGACUGUUGUGAAGACUGCUCACACCCCUAUUUGAUAAACGCACGAACUGAAUUCUUUUCCCCUGCUUCCAAGCGUUCGUUUCCUUUGCUAUUUGUCGCGUUUUUUCCAGUUUGCGUGCCUUGCGUGGCAGGCGUUUUAAGGGAAAUUAAAGCCCGUGCGUACAUAUAGGGUGCGCACGAGAGAGAAGCACUCAUUGCGUUCUCGCAUGCCUCUAUUCCCCCUUCCAAUUCUCUCCAAACACCUGCCACGCAAGCUAUGUUCUGCGUCGAAAAAAUAGAGAGAUGCCAUUAAUAGUCUGUCUUUUUCCGCGUUAAUUGCCACUUCGCCUCUCCGAUUUUGUCCGUCAUUUACCCUAGUCACAUUCACAUUAUCUCGUCCUCAAAUCUUUGUCCACGAGAGAUCUGGGUACAAGAGUUGUCGGUUCCCUGUUGAAAGGCAUUUAUUUUAUUCUUUAGACUUUGGAGCGACAUCCUAAAGCUGACAAAGGAGUCAAAGGCUCUGUUGGAGCUCCCAUGCCCGGGAAGGUAGUAGGCAUCCGUGUAAAAGAGAAAGAAGUUGUGAAGAAGGGAGCUCCAUUGGUUGUACUGAGCGCCAUGAAAAUGGAGACAAAUGUUAGCGCCCCGAUCGAUGGUACGGUCACCAAAAUUUCCGUCAGUCUUAACCAGAGCUUAGAGGCAGGAGACUUGCUUGUUGAUAUUGAACCACUCAGUUAAAUCGGCGACAGUCAUUGAGCUAUCGGGAAGUGUUCGGUGUCAUUCCGAAGUACUCGGUUGUUGGUGGUGUAGUUACUUGUAGUAAAUAAUGGAGGAUGACAAAUCCAGUACGGUUAAAUAUUUUUAUCCAUAAAGGCAAACUCUUUGUUUAACAAAUCUUAGUACCAGUGAUGAUGGAUAUGCUUUGCAGUUCAGGUUCAGAGUAAAUGCUUAAGGGAUUGGCAGUUUAGGCUCUUGAAGCACUUCAGAUGAUGAAUCCCGGAUGAAACACCUGUAAUCUGGUUUUUUUAAAUUAAUUUUUAAUUGUUGUUUGCUCGAGAGAGGGCUAGGUGACAGGAAGUGGUUUGAGGCACGUGUUCCUUGCGCGCCACAUUAGGCUGACUUAGCAAGAGAACGGGAACGUCACUUGACGACGGCGCACGCAAAGCAAGCCACUGGCUUGGCCAAUGGCAGGAGCGGCAAGUUGGGAACCGGAGGUCGAGUUUAGUCCUUUUCGGGCGCUUUCUCAUUGUCAAAUAACGUUCCCGUUCUGUUGCUAAUCAGCCUAUUAUACUCUAAAAGGACCGGGAACGAAGCUUCAAAGCAUCUUGAUGGCGAAAAGAAAAAAGAAAUGUCACUGGCCUAAAAAGCUCUUAGUAGCAAUAGUAUAACGUUAAUAUAUUGACAGUAACUCAGUCCUUAUCAACAUUUGCUGGAUUGGGGUCUGAAAAAAAUUAUUGCUUGAAAAUCCAUUGCGGCUAGUUCAAACAUUAUACUUUCUUCACUUAAAUCACGUAAAGAAUUAAUUUCUGUUAGGUAUAUCAAGUCAACUUUCUUUUGUUCCAAAAUCCAGUAACUAAUGUACGUAAAAAUGUGUAGGGAAAAAUUGUUCGCUUGGUCUUAGCAAAGCGCUCUCCUAGUCCAAGUGAUAAAAAAUACUAUGUUUACGUUAGUAGUUAUGGUAAUAAUUUCCAAUUAAUAAAACCAUCUUUAAAAAGUAAAUAUUAAAUCAACUAAACGUCACUAAUGUAAUAGAUGCAGUCUUGGGAGGCAAACUGAGCUUUAUAUAAUGUGAUUACUUUGCGAUAAUGUGUAAUUAGAGGGUUAACAUACAAGGUAAUGAUCUCAUUCUUUGUAGUGUGUCCCGGCUUUCGUAAUGAUCAAGGUGCCAAAACAUGAAUUAUUUACUGCCGUAUGACGCUGAACUAAGCUACCUUUCCGCGUCCUCUAUCACUCUAGUAAGGGAGAAGAAAAGAUAUGGAAUAUUUGGUAGCCAACCAACCACCAUUUUAGGUCGAAGCCUCUUCUCGGUGGAAUGGCAUAACGAUGAAGCUUUCCACGUUUUUUUUAUUUUUUAUUUUUUUAUUUUUCAACUUCUGACAUGUACAAGUUAGGGAAAAUCCGUCGUCA